AUGAAGCUUACGUUAAUCCUCUUGCUAGUGGCAAGCAGCCAAGCCGCCAAAGUAACCAGCUCUAGCAGUAAGGAUAGAAUAGGAGACUUUGAAAAAGAGAAACGAGAUUCGAAUAGAAAUAAUGGACUCGAGAAGAGAACGCCGCUGCUGCCUUCAGUUUCAUCUUCAGCCACUCCAGGUGUUGAGUAUGCCAGUACCCAAGAAUCUCAUUCCGAUCAGUCACCAAGUCAGCAAAUAUACGCAACCCCAGCACCUCAAAUUUCAAAGAUAUCAGACGUCCUAGCUCAAGGUGGACCCUACCAAGCCGCCAUCGCAAACCAACUCUACUCCCCUGUAUCCAUCUACCAACCAAGGUUCCCAACUUACGAAGUUUCACCGCCCGUGCCGUCCCAAUUGGCGUAUGCGGAACACUCUUUUCAGCCCCAGAACAUUCAAUCAAUACCGAAGACUAACUUACCCGCCAAUUACCAACCACAAAUUUUGCAGCAAUACGAAACUUCAGUACCCCAACCCAUACCGGCUAACUACCAACAAACAACUUCUCCCAUAUCCAACCAGCCGAUCAACUAUCAACAACCGUUGAUUCAGUAUCAACAGUACACCCCAGAUCAACUCCAGUACGUUCAAGAAUCUAUUCAGCCUCAAACAGCGUAUCGUCAAGAGUUACCAGUUACCUAUCAGGGGGAACAAGCCAGACCUGAACCACAACCUGUGACUCAAAAUAUCCAACAGACGUACACACCACAAUCAUCACAAGGUGCCAUUAGCUACGCCUCUUAUGCACAAAACCAACGUGACCAAUCAGCACAAAAACAACAACAAUCGCAGUAUCAACCACAACCCCAACAACUCAUCAAGUACCAGCUACAGCACCAACCAAUUCAGUAUCAACUUCCUCAAGUACAACCACCCCAAUACCAAGCGCAACCACAGCAGUACCAGGUACAGCAGUAUGAAGCUCCACAGUUCCAAAUCCAGCAACAACCUUAUCAACAGUACCAGCAAAGCGAAGGGAGAGUGCAAUAUCAACCACAGCUUCCGCCUCUUCAAAUUCAGCCUUAUCAACCACAAUAUGUGAAGUCAAAACAGAGUGAGAAACAAGUGUACUUCAAGCAGUUGCAGCAACCAGCAGUCAUACAGCAAAUUCAACUCCAACAUCAGCCACAGGCUGCCCAAACGAAACUGGCUCAGCAAUAUUCACAGGCACCCGCACAAAACUCCGGCUACGCUGCUCAAGUCGCAUUACCGACCUUUCCCCCGGUACAAUACUUUGGAAAAUUUGCACACUCUAUUUUCGGUCAACAAUAA